AACUAUUUUAUCACCACAGGCUGCAGGGAUUGUCUGUUUGCAUUGUGACAAGUUUCUGUGAGGGAGGCGACAUGUGAGUUGCUAGAAGCAUUUUCUUAAAGCCCGUUUUUCUUUUUCUCGCGAGAAAAUGGCUUAUUGUUUAAAACUUUUAUUAUGAACAUGCAGGGCUGAGAUGAUAAGGAGAGCAAAAGGAGUGUUCUUCUCAGAAGAAGUAAGGAAUCUUAAUAGAUAAACAAAAUGAAUUGUUUGCAGUUACUGAUGAAUGCAGAUAUAAUUCUCCUUCCACAGAGGCUUUGGAAAUGGCUGGCUCAAUUGUUGUUAGCCCUCAACUAUCUUCAUUCCAACCACGUUCUCCACAGGGAUCUCAAAUGCUCCAACAUUUUCCUAACCAAGGAUGAUGAAAUUCGACUAGAGCUCCUAAGGCAUCCACAUUUGCAGCCCUACCUGUGGCAAUGCCGUGAUCUGCCUCCUGCAUUUCUUCCACUACUGUCUGCUGAGGACUUGAAGGCAAAACCCGUCGUGACAACAAGACGGCGUCUAAAGCAUGCAUCAAUGAAUACCCACAAAGUGGCAACGGAAAGACAAGAAAAACCCGUUGCAGAGAGAGUUCAUGUGGCAGCUAAACAAGUUGCAGAGGUGAAAGCGACUGCAGACAGUAAUUGUUUCCCAAAUGUUGAAAGUAGGAAGGUAGAACUGAGUGGUUCUACCGACCAAAUCUCCAAAAAGGAUGAAUUUUCAAGAUUAAUAAGUAAAGCGGGAGAAAAGAUUUCCAGGCAACCACAAAGCCAUCCUACCCAUGAAGGAGGCAGGUCAGAAGAAUUGAAGAAAACAGAGAAUGAAGACCGUCACAAGAGGACGGAAAGCGGCAUUUCAGUAACGGGCAGCCCAAAUUAUCCCAAGGGAAACAACCUAACAAGAAUAAAAUGGAGCGAGUUGGGUAAUGAAAGAGCAGAAGCCCUGGAAUCACUUCUAGAACUUUGUGCAGACCUUCUCAAACAUGAAAAGCUGGAAGAGCUUGCAGGCGUUUUAGAACCAUUUGGGGAAGAUGCUGUUUCGUCAAGAGAAACAGCCAUCUGGUUGACGAAGGGGCUGAUGAAUCUUCAGAACGAAGGCCACUGGGAAUAUUAAAGAGAAAUUAAAGACUAAAACAUAAUGCCUUUCUUGAUAUAGGACCAUAUGUUUUUAUUUUCCCAAUGUAGAACCUUUGGUCAUUAUCAAGUAGUCAUUAUUUAACUAAAUGUUCAUCAUUACUGGACAUUAUUUCUUCCAUAUGGUCAUUAUUAAGUCCUAUUUAGGGAAAAAAAAGUUUAAGUCCUACAUUGGGAAAGUCAUUAUGUUUUAGUCGUAUUUAGUGCAAAUUUCACUUAAAGGCUUUUGUAGGUUUUGCUUCAACCCUGAGAACAAUAGAGCAUUGCUUGUAGCAUGUAUGUAUUGGGAUUACUCCAUAAUAACUACUCUAGACCUGG